CUCUAUUAUUUGUUUUAAUCGGGGAGAAUGGACUCCGACGAGGACAAGAGGAUUCCGUUGAGUAAGAGGCCGGAAUGGUCGGAUGUGAUUCCUGUACUGCAAGACGAAAGCUCAAAUCCUGUCGGUUCAAUCGCAUAUACGGAAGAUUUUUUUGAAACAAUGAACUACUUCAGGGCUGUUUACUUUGCUGACGAGCGUUCUCUGCGUGCUCUGCAUCUCACUACCGAAGCCAUCGACAUGAAUCCUGGAAAUUACACUGUUUGGCAAUUUAGGCGCAGAAUACUGGAUGAGCUCAACGCAGAUUUAUCAAGUGAACUAUAUUUUGUUGAACAUGUUGCCAUCUCUAACUCCAAGAAUUAUCAGAUGUGGCAUCACAGGCGAUGGCUUGCGGAGAAACUGGGAAAACAUGCCAUAAAGAGGGAGCUUGCCUUCACCAAGAAGAUUUUUGCUGAAGAUGCUAAGAAUUAUCAUGCAUGGUCCCAUAGGAAGUGGGUUCUUCAGACACUAGGUGGGUGGGAAGAUGAACUUGCUUAUUGCCAGCAGCUUCUUGAAGAUGACAUUUUUAAUAAUUCUGCUUGGAAUCAGAGAUAUUUUGUGAUCACAAGAUCACCUCUUUUGAGAGGAUUAGAGGCAAUGAGGGAAUCGGAAGUAAACUAUACUAUAAAAGCAAUAAUAUCUAACCCUGAAAAUGAAAGUCUAUGGAGAUACCUCACGGGGCUUUACAAGAACGAUGCAAGAUCAUUAGCGAACAACCCUGCUGUGUCUUUGGUAUGUCUGAAGAUUCUGAAUAUGAGUAAUAGUAAUAGUAAUAAUAAUAAUAAUAAUACAAAUCCAAUAUUUGCAUUGAGCACUCUUUUGGAUCUUCUCUGCCACGGAUUCCAACCGAGCCAGGAAUUCAAAGAUGCAGUUGCUGCUUUGAAUUCAGAGUCACCAAAAGUGGAUUAUGAUUUGGGAAACAUGAUUUGUUCGACAUUGGAACGUGUGGAUCAAAUGAGAGCCAGUUAUUGGCAGUGGCGCAAAAACUUGCUCCCUUAUAUUAGUAACGGUUUUCUCAUAAACAUACCCUUAAUUCGAAUUUUUUUUAAUAAAGACGCUAAUAUUUGUAACGGGUUUUCCUAUGUCUGUUACUAA